UGACCAAAGUGUUUGAUUUAAAGGAUUCCUAUGUAAGUUGUUAGUAUUGCUAUUAGCAGGUGCUGAAGUGUUUGAAGGACCAAGAUGCUACCACUUCACCAACCUCUGAGGAGUUCAGUUCCACACUUGGACAGUGAAGACAUGACAGCAAUGGCAGAGCUUCCUUUUGUCAAAGCUGAUGUCAGAGAGAUAUUUGAAAUUCCUUUAAAAAAUGACUUCAAGCCCCAAAGAAAGAGGAGGAGGAUCUUGGAGAAUCCUCGACUUGGGAGAAGAAAGCUUUGCUGUCAUAGGAUGAAGGUGGUAAAACAGGAGCUGUGCAGGAGUAGGCAUCAAGAGAUGGUCCACGAGCAGGUUCAGGUGGAUGAAAGUCCAGAGGGAGCUCAGCAACUCGGCUCACCAGUACAGCUGGGGCAAGGAGGAGAACAUCUCUCAGCGGCGCAGCAGCUGCCCCCUGGUCAGCAGCCCCGGGCAGGGGACAAUGUCCGCGUGCAGCUGCAGAGGCAGACAGCACGAGGAGGCAUAGCCCCAAACAUGGGACCACAACAAACGGACGAGAGGUGGGAGUCCCCGGAGGUGACCGUGCAGGUGCGGCCUCAGAAGCUGAGCCAGGGAUGGGAGUCCCCAGAGGUGACCGUGCAGGUGUGGCCUCAGAAGCCAAGCCCAAGAUGGGAGGCCCCGUCAGUGACCGUGCAGGUGCAGUUACAGCAGCGGGGCCAAGGGCCAGCUCUCCCGCAAGUAACCGUACAGGUACAGCCGCAGGAGCGGGUACAAGGUAUGGCUGGCAUCAAGGUCACCGUGCAGCUGCAGUUGGGCCGUGACCCAGAAGAGGUAACCUGCCUCCAGGACCAAGGUGAGGAAGUGUUAGGGAAUGGAGAGCAGCUGACCCCAAAACAAAAUCAGGGAGAGCCGAUGGCAAGAACUGAAGGUGAGAGAGAACUGGCUGCGGUGGAGCUGGUGCCGCAGUGGGCUCCGAGCCAAAAGCAGGAUGAAGGAGAGGUGACAAAACCCCAGCAGGACCAGAGCCAAGAAGAGGAAAGAGCGCAAGUGGUGGAGCUACAGGAGAUGCAGGUUGGAGAUGAAGCAGACCUGGAUGAGAUAGUGACAGAGGAGCAGCUGCAGGACCAGAGCCAAGAGCAGGAACAGCUAAAAGCAGACCUGCCCCCACAAAAGGAAAGUCGAAGAGCUACAGAGGUGAGGCAGGAGCAAGGUGAUGUUCAAGAAGGGCCUAAGGGGAUGGUGGAAGACCAGAAGGAAGACCUGGGGCAAGAAGUAUCUAAGAAACGUCCACAAGAGACUCCAAAUUAUUUUGUCGCUAUUCCAAUAACAGAUGAUCAGAUUUUGGACAGAAUUGAAGAUGUCCAGGAGCUCAUAUUCACUAAAGAACCUGACCUGUUGAGAGCUCUUCUUCCUGUUCAAACUAUGCACCUUACUAUAAUAGUAGCUCACCUGGGAACAGAAGAAGAAGUAAAAAAGGCUGUUCUGGCACUGAAGCAAAGCAAGACUAAAGUGGAAGCCAUCUUGCAGGGUAAAGACCUUAAUAUGACGUUUCAUGGGAUUGGACAGUUUAACAAUCAGGUGAUAUAUGUGAAAAUGUCAGAGGAAGACCAGAAAAUGCUGAGCAGAAUUGCAGAAGCUGUGGAAGAAUGCUUUAUUGAAAUGAAUCUCGAUAUUUCAGGGAGCAAGGAUUUCAAACCACAUCUUACUUUCCUAAAGCUCUCCAAAGCACCAAGGUUGAAAAGAAGGGGCUUCAGAAAAAUUUGUUCGGAUCUGUAUAAAGAAUAUGAAGACAGUUACUUUGGCACAGAGGUCUUCAGUCAAAUUGAUCUCUGCGCUAUGCGUAAGAAGAAGCAAGGAAUCUGGUUACUAUUAUUGCGAGUGUUCAAUUAAUGUGGGCUCCAGCAGUACGAAAGAGAGUAAAGAGCAAGAAAUGCAGACAGAAGAUGUGGGAGAAACAACCAGUGAAGACCUUCCAAAUAGUGCUGCAAAGGCUGAAAUAGGAGCAACUGCUGCAAGCUGUAAGCUUGCCUCGUGUUUAGUGGUAGCUGAUGAUAAACCAUCUGAAAAUAUUGCUGAGGCUUCAAUUGCAAGUAAAGAAAAAGAAAUCAAUGAGGUGAAGGGACAGCCUGAAGCUACAGAUGGGACUUUUCUUGCAGCUGGAGAGAUCUGCUCAAAGUCAGUACUUGGUCUGUUGCCAGCAUGUUCAGAUGUAUUGAAAAGCGUAGAAAAGGAACAAGAAAAAGCAAAGAUAACAGAUGGUAGCUUGCAGAAAACUGAAGCAAGGGAAUAUGCACCUGAUCAGCCAACAAGUUCAGGAUAAAGCUGUUGCAGUCCUUGGUGAACUGAACCCGUGCUUGGUGAUGGUGAAGGCAGGCAACCACAGUGGUGCUGAGAUGGGGGCUGGGGAUGGUGAAUUCAUUUUUGGCAGAGAACAGUCUUUUUAGGAGACUGACAAAGCAAAGUAGAACAAAAUCUAUGAGGGAAACAUCACUGAAUAUUGUAAUGGUGAAAUGCCUAGGUCUAAACAAGAACCUACACUACAGGUGCGUGUGAGCAUGUGUAGUAUAAAGACAAAUGAGCUCUGGUUUACAGGAUCAGGCCCUUCAGAAGUCAUGCAUUGAUACCAAAGUUGUUGCCAGAUGCCUCUGGUGCCCAAAUGUACACUUCUACCUUCGUUGCAUUUCUUCCUACCCUGCUUCCCCCCCUGCUCUGGGCCUGCAGCCCUGACUUUGCUCCUUCCUUUGCCUUCCUGCCUUCUCCUCUCUGAGUACUGCCUAAAGACACUUCUUGCCUAAUGCCUACAGCUGCUCUGACUUAAGACUCCAAACCAUGAUUGCAACACAAUCAUUCACUGCAUGUCUGUAAAUGGUAGAUGAUUUUAGUUGUCAACACAGUUCUGUGAAAUAUGUGCUUUCCUUUGACUAGUAGCUACUUAAUGAGAAAAUUAUUUUUCCUGACUUAUGGAAGUAGUAUUUUUGGAAUAAAAUGAGGUAUAACACUAAAUAAUUUUCUUUAGAGAAAGAGAAGAGAGGAAGAAGAAUCCAUAAUGAAUGUUUUUGUAAAAUGCCUUGAGGAGGAAAACGAGGCACACCAGCCUUUUUCUAAACCAAUGUUAUGUUGUAGUCUCACAUGUAUGCAUGAGUUAGUAAAGAACAGGAUAAACCAGAACCGUGUUUAUUUCUGGUAAGAAGAGACUACAGCUUUUGAACCAUCGCUGGGGCUGAAGUUUCCUUGCUUCGCACGCUGCUCGCUGAAGCCAGGGAGAGGAGCUGUGCCUCCCAGCCAAGCCUGCCCUACCUGCGGGAUGGGGAAAGGAUUUUCUCCGCGGAGCCUCACGGCAGAGUGAAACCAGUAGAUGGCACUACUGGAAAAACAGCUGCGACUGGAAAGGGAACCGGCUGCCUCCAGGUCUUCCAACACUCGCAGCAGGCUUAGGCAUCUAUAAAAGGGGCAAAAAAGGCGGAGGAAAGCAAUCGGGCGCUUGGAAAAUGUCUUACUUCCCUUUUCUGCUCUAAUUGCUCCUUGAAAAGCGAUAUUUAGUUUUUUAGAAGCUCCAUCUUUCCUUGAAAAAAAUGUGUGCAUUUCAAAAAAGCAUGUCAUCAGGUAGCUUUUUCCCCCCCAAAAGUAGUAGCAUUAAGCAUAUGGUGGUUUGCUUCCCUACAUGGUGUGUGGGAAUACACCUUUGGGCAGAGAGGCUAGGAUGCAUUCUGCUAAAUUAACAUCAGGCUGUUUUAAACCUGUUCAGCUUGUUACCAGACUUAAAAAAAAAAAAAAACAAACCCCAACCAACCUGUAUUUGUGCCCUUUUCACAGGGAGGGCGGAAAACAAAACCCACCAGACGGCCACUGUGCAGGAGGAAAGGGAAGGCUCUGCAUUUAAUGAGCCUGCU